AUGGCUUUAGAUCUCAGAAUAUCUUUCCGACGUGAACCAUCCAGGAAUGAUCCCUGGUUAGAAAAUGGAGAGUCUGAACCCACCCAAGGAACUGGUGUCCAGAAGGCAGAGGGGAUCUCUGGGUUCCAGGACACUCCUUUGAGCAUAUUUCAGUACAGCAAUAACUCAUAUGCAAGGCAGGAACUGCAAAGACUCCAGAAGUUAUUUCACUUGUAGCUGCAGCCAGAGAAACACAGCAAGGAGGAAAUGAUUUCCCAAUUGGUCCUGGAGCAGUUCAUGAUGAAUGAGCCCCACAAAAACAGGUCCACUUUGAAAGAGAAAUGGGGUUCAAGUUGCAGAAACCUGGAGGACUUCCUGGAAGACCUGACAGAUGAUUUCAUGGAGCCACCUGCGUAUGUCCACGUCUGCAUGCAGGGACAGGAAGCCCUCUUUUCUGAGAAUAUGCCCUUAAGAGACGUCAUUGUUCACCUCACAAAACAGUUGUCAGCAGGGAACCCAAGAGGAGAGAACGUGGGGACCCCCUUCCAGCCUUCCAAAGAUCAUCCCACCCAAACAGGCCAAGAUAAAGAAGACAGCAACAACCUUUCCUUGAAAAUGACACAAGUAAAUGAUAUUACUAGUGGGGACAAUCAAAUACCUUCCCUACAGUUUAUCCAGCAAGAGAAUUGUCCCAAACCUGAAGAGACUUGUCCUUAUUGGGAGAACCUGGAAAGCUCUAGAAGAGCAGGGCUAGGCACCUCCAAGUCCCAGGAAGAGACCCUGCGAGGACUCUCUCAUCAAGAUGUCCCUAUGGAAGUGGAACCAAGGUUUAUCUCCAGACCAGACCUGGCCACCUCUGAGUCUGCCCCUGCCCGCCAGAGCAGUGAGGGAAAAUCUCCACGUGGGGGAUACCAAGAAAGAUUUCAUGAAACCCCAAAACCAUACAGAUGUGAGGACUGUCCCAAGAUCUUUAAGUAUUUUUCUCAGUUAGAAGCCCACCAGAGAAGACACAGGAACGAGAGACCAUUUACUUGUGCUGAGUGCCACAAAGGCUUCUUCCAGAUGACAGACCUGCGGGUGCACGAGGUGAUUCACAGGAGGGAGAAGCCCUUCCCCUGCAACACAUGUGACAAGGCCUUCAGCCACAGAACCAAUUUACGGGCUCAUGAGAGAAUCCACACGGGAGAGAAGCCCUAUAUGUGUUCCAUUUGCAAGAGAAGCUACCGCCAGUCAUCCACCUAUCACCGCCAUGUGAAGACUCACCAGAAAAUUACCCUUAAAGGGUCUCCUGACAGAAUAGAAGCUUCCUAAGCUACUGAACCACCGUUAUAUACUGAACCACCGUUAUAG